UAGUAUAUAUAAUAUAUAGUUAUAUAUACACACACAUAUAUAUAUAUAUAUACAUGCUUCAACGAUCUCAAGCUCAAGUUGCGUUUUCUUUCAAGUUGCACGCGUGUGUUCCUUGGAACUUGCGGGAGCAUUAUGUUAUACGUGCCUAAAUAACGUUUUUGGUAAUGUUACUGCAGUAUUACGACUGUAUUAAAAAAGUUAUGUGCAGUGUCGUGUUGUGAUGUACCGAUGUGCCGAUAAAACAAUCGAUCUUUGUAAAUGUUUUACGUAUAUGGAAUCCAGGUGGCAGGUGCCUAGAAAGCAGCUGGUAAGAUGGGAAAGUUGUUGUCAAAAAUUUUUGGCAACAAGGAGAUGCGAAUUCUUAUGUUGGGAUUAGAUGCUGCAGGAAAAACUACAAUAUUGUAUAAACUUAAAUUAGGACAGUCUGUGACAACUAUACCGACUGUAGGAUUUAAUGUAGAAACUGUUACCUAUAAAAAUGUUAAAUUUAACGUCUGGGACGUAGGUGGACAGGAUAAAAUACGUCCAUUAUGGCGUCAUUAUUACACAGGAACACAAGGUCUUAUUUUUGUAGUAGACUGUGCAGACAGAGAUAGAAUUGAUGAAGCACGUCAAGAACUCCAUCGGAUUAUAAAUGAUAGAGAAAUGCGUGAUGCUAUUAUUUUAAUUUUUGCUAACAAACAAGAUCUUCCUGAUGCGAUGAAACCCCAUGAGAUUCAAGAAAAGUUGGGGUUAACUAGGAUACGGGACAGAAAUUGGUAUGUUCAACCAUCAUGUGCUACAACUGGAGAUGGGCUUUAUGAAGGCCUUACAUGGUUGACCAGUAACCACAAAUUAUGAGCAAAUAUUUAUUUUUGAUCAAUUGGCUUAGAUAUGGAAAAUAUACACCUGUAUUUUUAUUUUAACUUAUCAUAUGGAGGCUCUGUAAGGCACAAUUGACAUUGAUCGAGUCAAUGGGAUGAUUUCGAUAAAGAAAGAUACUGCAAUUCAGAAAUGCUCCUUACAUACUGUGGUGUGUGUUCCAAUAAUAUUGAUAAUAAGAGCAUAGUAAUAUAUCAUGAAGCCAACUAAGAGAAAUUGUAACCAUUAUUAUUAUUAUUAUUAUUAUUAUUAUUAUUAUUAUUAUUAUUAUUAUUAUUAUUAGCUGUCCAUUGCCACCCAUAAGAUGUAAUUAAAACAUUAUCGAAUAGAGUUAUAUACUUUCAGACUGCAUUUUCUUAUAAUUUAAACACUUUUAGAAGCAUACAUAUUUAUAAAGAAUGUGCUGUAACAAUUACAAAAAUAUUUUAACAUUCACAACUUUAGCUGUGGUAUUAAGGAAAUUGUACAUCCUUAUGGAUUGACAUGCCUUAUUCUGACUGUAUGUUUUAAUGUGGUCAUAUGCUAAGUAUACAGUACAUUGAUAUACCAUGUAAUUUAUAAUCUAAAUGAUAAUCCACUUUUUCUACAACAGGAUAUUCACAAAAUUCAUCCAGUCCAUGUAGUCUUCCAGUUCUAGUGAAGUGCGUGAAAGUGUAAGUCUAAUUGCAUAAUAUUUCCCUGUCUUACUUUAUUUUUUUAUAUUAUUAGCAAUUCAUACACUUUCAUACUUCACUUUAAUUGAAAUUCAUUAAUAUCUUAUACAAAAUGGACAUGUUUUUUCGCACAAACUAUAAGGGGCAAAAUAUCGUACGACUUGCAGUUAUACUCAUUGAUACUAUCAGUUAAAGGAACGUGUUAUUAUAUAACAACAUUCACACAAUGCCAACAUUUUUACUAUAUGCAAGUAUUAAAUAACAAACAGUUAGAAUUAGGUUGCCAUAUUUCUGACACAAAUUGUAAGUUCUAUGAAAAAUGUAUCUUGUGAAUCCUUCAUUACUUUUUUAUAAUUAGUAGGAUAAGAACUGAAAUAUGAAUUAAUAUUCACAACUGUUUAAUUAAAUUAUAAAUUCCAGUUUUUAUAUACUUACAAAGAAAGAAAAAAGAAAUACAAGUAAACAAUGUAUAUUAAUAAUCACAAUUAUAAGUCUAUAAAACUGUUCCUUUAAUAAUUCGUAUUAGCUAACUUUCAUAAAAUCUCAAGUUGAAAAACAAAGGAACACUGUGCAAAAAUAUAAUUUAGAUUUAGAGAAGGAUAAUAAAAAUCGGGCUUUGGAAUAACAUGAUACUUUCUUUACCAAUAUGCACUGAUCUUAAUGAAGGCUCUAUGGCUAUAUUAUUCAUACCAAUUCAUAACUCAUUUCCUAUUGCAAUGGAUCGUCUAACAAAAAUUUUCUUUCGUUUUAAAGUAUAAAGCUUUUUAUUAAAUUUCCUUGUUUCAGUAUUCAUUACAUAUUUAGGGUUCAUAUGAAAUUAAACUUAAUCAAUGCAUUCCAAUAUCUCUUCAGUUUUUCUACACAUAAAUGCAUACAAUUGAACUAUCAUAUAUAAAAUCGUAUAUUUCAGAUAUUAAUACUGAAGAGAAAGUGAUAUAGAAUUCUAUGUUAUUCCACAAAAAGUCAUAAUUUUUUAUAUGCUCCAUUGUAUAUACAACCAUAAGUAUUAUACGGGAUUGAUACAAAAUAUAAGCAUAAAUAAUAUCAUUAAAUUCAUAAGAAAAUAAAAAAUGUGCACACUACUUAUCUCACUUCUGUUGUGUUAUAUUCUACAUUGACAUUUUUAAAAAAUUAUGAAAUUUAUGUACAAUCUAAUUGUUAAUAUAUAAUAUAAUUUUAAAUGUUUAAUGUUAUUUCAAAAGUUUCUUAUUGAUUCAUAUGUGCACAAUCAUGUAUCUAUUUCUCUUCGAUGUAAGACAUGACUCUUGUUAAUGUCAUGCAAUUUUUCAUAUUUAUACCUAUUAUUAUAAUAAAAGAAAUAUGAACAAAAUUGAAAGACAUUGAUAUAUAACCAUAGAGUACUUGUUGUAUUAAUAACAAGCCAAAGCCUGAGCACUCUAUAACAAAUUUAUAGCACUUUUGAAUAUUACAUUUUAUUGUGCAUAUAAUGACUAUUUAACUAAUAGCAAUACAAUAAUAGGUUUUGCCGAGAACGGAGUAAUAAAAUCACUUAUGUACAAAAUAUAGACUUGAUUCUCAUACUUGUUGAUUACUUAUAAAUUGAUAUUACUAUGCAAAAAUAUUUUCCUGCCGCCCGAUGUAAAAUUAUCAUACGCGCAGAUCUAUACAGGAAAUAGAUCAGUGCUGAAAAUAAGUUAUUAAUAAAAUUGCUUAUAUUACA